AUGUGCGUUGACUACACUGAUCUCAACCGGGCGUGCCCGAAGAACUGCUACCCACUCCCGAUGAUAGACCAGCUGGUGGAUGCCACUUCGGGGCAUGAUCUCCUUACGUUCAUAGAUGCAUUCUUGGGCUACAAUCAGAUCCGAAUGGCACCUCGGGAUCAAGAACACACUACUUUCAUCACUGACCGAGGGGUAUACUGUCACAAGGUAGUGCCCUUCGGUCUAGAAAAUGCCACAGCGACAUACCAGAGAAUGGUCAAUGAAAUGUUCAAGCAACAACUCAGGAAAAACAUGGAAGUUUACGUCGACAACAUGAUCAUCAAAAGCAAGACGGUUGGCAUUCAUUUGGUCGAUCUUGCCGAGACUUUCCAGACCCUCAAGUGA